GUGCCUUUUUAGUAUAAAGUUUGUUUUAAAUUGUUUUUUCUUUUUGUUAAUUAAGGAUGAAUACAAGUAUGCUUCCCAUGGGCUAUACCUUUUGUCCGACGGACGAAGAAUUGUUAUGUUAUUAUCUUUAUCACAAAGUAGUUGGGGGUUUCGUACCACCAAUUAUGUUAUCUGUCGUAGACAUUUAUACAAAAGAACCUCCUCAAAUAUGGCAACAAUGUGGAGGGGUUGAUGGUCAGGAUGUUCAUUUCUUCACUUGUCUUAAAAAGAAAAAGUCUCGUGUUGUGAGGAAAGUUGGUCCCAAUGGAGCCACAUGGAGUGGUGAAAGCAAAGCAACCAAAGUGUUUUCUCAUAAUAAUACUUUGGUUGGUGAUUUUAAACGGUUUCAUUAUGAAAAUCCUAAAAUGAAGAAGGGUGGUCAUCAUAACAAUAAUUACUCAUGGAUCAUGUAUGAGUACACUCUUCACCCUAAUCUUGUACCUGAAGGAGUUGUACACGACUCUUUUGUACUGUGUAUGCUUCGAAAGAAGAUCUUGAAACAAGAUAAAAGAGCAUUCUCUGCAAUAAAACAAACAUCAUCUUGUCUUGAUUGGCCAAACACGACGAAAGCAACAACAACGCAAUUGGAAGUACACAUUGAUGAUCUGAAUACUAAACGCAGAAGAGUGGAAGAACAAAUUUGCAUUGAUAGGGUUGAAGACGAUUGUUUCAUCAAUAUCGAACGAUUUGGUGAACAACUUUUGAACGGAUACAAUUUGGAAGAACCACCCCAACUUCUUCCAGAGAGUCGAGCAAUGCAAAUGGAACCGUGGUCGAAAGAUAACACACUUCGUGAAAUAUGUCCAACAAUGGAGACUGAAGCACCCGAACAAAAUUAUUUAACUGGAGAUGAAGAUGCAUUAUUAUUUGCAAGGGAGCUCGAGAUGUCACUUGAACAACAAUGA